AUGGCUCGAAUGGUCCGUAACCUCCUCGGUGGCAUAACCAGAAUGAGUGGCAGUGAGAGCCUCGACUCUGAGCUGGACAGAGGGCUACAUAUGGAGGAUGACACUCCCCUGGAGGCCAAACUGGAUGAGAGUGAUCCAGAUGAUAUGGGGGGAGGUUCUGAGGAAGAGGACAUGCCCCAGGUUCCAAACAUGAAGGGUUCACUCAGUAAAUGGACCAACUACAUCCACGGUUGGCAAGAACGCUACUUUAUGCUCGAUGGUGGCCUGCUCUCAUAUUUCAAGUCUGAGACAGACUCUCAAUACGGCUGCCGAGGAUCCAUCAGCUUGCACAAAACCAAGAUAGCGCUUCACGAAUUUGAUGCCCUGAGAUUCGAUAUACGAGGUCAUGGCUCAACAUUUUUCCUGAGGGCCUCUUCAGAAGAGGAUAAACAAAAUUGGGUAGACGCCAUUGAAAACAGCAAGAGGUUUGUCCUGGAGAAUGGACCAGGCUCAUUGACUCCACUACAGAGACAAGGCUCAGCAUUGUCACUGUCUGCAAUGUCUCAAGCCUCUGUGUGCUCUGUCAAGAACCAGGUCACCCAUGAUCUUCGUAGCAAACUAUCAGAGCUGGAGACCUACAGAGAGAUAGUCUGCCGGCAGGUUGACCUGCUUCAAGCUUACUUUGAGGUCAACAGCGAAAGUGGUCGUACUGAGAUAACCAACGGAGUAUUCAAUAGUUCCGAGUCCAUAGUAGUAGACAAGAUUCCAGAAGAGGGUGUGGUUAACUCCACCCCUUCGUCCCCAGUGACCCGAAAAGAUACACGCCCACCAUCCUCACACUCUCCACUCCCCUCACGCUUUACACCCAUGACCGGCGGACACAGACGUACUGGUAGCGACCCUUUCGCUUUCAGACCACAGAGCGCCCUACAAGUCCCUCGUGGGGGAAAGUCCCGGCCAUUUUCCGUGGGUGGGGGGAGCCCCUUUGAUGUGAACUCACUGGAUAUUCGAGCAGAAGCUGUCACAUUUAAGGCCACCACCACUGGGCUUGUGACAACACUGUCUCAGUGCAUUGACAUGAUGAACAAGAGAGAGGAGAGCUGGCAGAGGAAGUUUGAGAAGGAGCAAGAACGUCGUGCCAGAGCCGAGUCAGCAGCUGGGGCAGCCAUGAACGGUCCCAGAGUGGAAGCUUUCAAGUAUGCUGGACCAGACUUUGAGGAGGGUCCCCACAGUGCUCUCAAUGAGGACGAGUUCUUCGAUGCUCUGGAAAUGGCCUACAAAGAUGAUGAGAUUGAGCACACAGUUGGUUCGAAGCAGGCGUCUACUGCUGGAGCAGUGGUCGCUAACGGAACAGCAUCUACCACAGAUGGAGAGGAGGAGACCUUUGACCUCAGCGCUAUAAGCAUCAAGUCACUAUCAGGGGUUAAACACAGACUAUCACAACUGGUGAAUGACAGAACAAGUCAGUAUGCUUGCUACAUCUUUGAGCCAGUUGACUCUGACGUGUGGUCCCUAGUGCACCAGGACGGUGACAUGACAGUACACAGACGAGAGCUGGAGGAGGACGGUGUAGUGGUGGACCCCCUCAAGGCACACUAUCACGCAAAGGGCAUCUCUGCUCAAGAGGUGACCAACUUCUUCUUUGACAAAGAAACUCGUUUGGAAUGGGAGGGCACGCUGGAGUCAGUAGACACUGUGGAAACAUUGGCCGAGGACACUAUUGUGUUCCACCAGCUACAUAAGAGGGUGUGGCCUUCAACACAGAGGGAGAGCUUGUUCUGUUCUCACCUUUGCACUCUCAGCGGAGCCCCACAACCGGAGAACAUGAUCGGCCAUACCUGGAUGGUGUGUAACUUCUCGAUGGAUCAUGAUAGCGUUCCGGCUACUAGCAAGCUGAUUCGUGCAACUCUUCACGCCGGUUUAGUGUGUCAAACCAUUGCCAACAGGAAGGUUGAACCUGGCAAGGAGAGAGAGCUCACACGCGACGACAUCACUUGUAAAAUACACUAUGCGGUGCAAGUGAACCCUGGCGGCUGGGCCCCUCCGUCUGUUGUCAGGGCGAUAGGAAAACGCGAAGUGUGUAAAUUUUUGAAGAAAUUUAGUGAAUGUUGUCAGAACAAUCUAUCUAAAUCUCCGCUCUCAUUAUAACUUAUUGUAUUUCUGUAUAAUUAUUGUGUGAUUGUAUGUGGUAUGUUCAGUGUUGUGACAUUAUUGUCAAUAUCUUUUCUUUUCUUUUUUUUUUUUA